CUUUAACAAGAGGAACUUUAACAAGAGGAACUUCACUUCCUGAAAGAGGUUGAGUGGUUGUGACUGCGGCCCUGCGGCUUGUGUUUUGGAGCUGUUGAAGAGCUGAUGAAGAACUGAUGAAGAGCUGUUGAAGAGCUGAUGAAGAGCUGAUGAAGAGCUGUUGAAGAGCUGAUGAAGAACUGAUAAAGAGCUGAUGAAGAGCUGUUGAAGAGCUGAUGAAGAGCUGAUGAAGAGCUGUUGAAGAGCUGAUGAAGAACUGAUAAAGAGCUGAUGAAGAGCUGAUGAAGAGCUGAUGAAGAGCUGAUGAAGAGCUGUUGAAGAGCUGAUGAAGAGCUGUUGAAGAGCUGAUGAAGAGCUGUUGAAGAGCUGUUGAAGAGCUGAUGAAGAGCUGAUGAAGAGCUGAUGAAGAGCUGUUGAAGAACUGAUGAAGAACUGAUGAAGAGCUGAUGAAGAGCUGAUGAAGAGCUGAUGAAGAGCUGAUGAAGAGCUGAUGAAGAGCUGAUGAAGAACUGAUGAAGACCUGUUGAAUACCUGAUGAAGAGCUGUUGAAUUGCUGUUGAAGAGCUGAUGAAGAGCUGAUGAAGAGCUGAUGAAGAGCUGAUGAAGAGCUGUUGAAGAGCUGAUGAAGAGCUGAUGAAGAGCUGUUGAAGAGCUGAUGAAGAGCUGAUGAAGAGCUGAUGAAGAGCUGAUGAAGAACUGAUGAAGACCUGUUGAAUACCUGAUGAAGAGCUGUUGAAUUGCUGUUGAAGAGCUGAUGAAGAGCUGAUGAAGAGCUGAUGAAGAGCUGUUGAAGAGCUGUUGAAGAGCUUAUGAAGAACUGAUGAAGAGCUGUUGAAGAGCUGAUAAAGAGCUGAUGAAGAGCUGAUGAAGAGCUGUUGAAGAGCUGAUAAAGAGCUGAUGAAGAGCUGAUGAAGAGCUGUUGAAGAGCUGAUGAAGAGCUGUUGAAGAGCUGAUGAAGAGCUGUUGAAGAGCUGAUGAAGAGCUGAUGAAGAGCUGUUGAAGAGCUGAUGAAGAGCUGUUGAAGAGCUGAUGAAGAGCUGAUGAAGAGCUGUUGAAGACCCCUCCUAUAGGUAUAAUAAAUAAGUGUCCAUUGUUCAUCGUACAAACAGAGCAGGUUAUGGCGCCGUCUGUCGUGUCUGUCUUUGUGAUUCUGGUGCUGCUCGUCGGCGUCGAGGCACAAGGGAGCAGAGUGACUGCUGUGUUGGUGCAGGAGGGAGAAGAUCUGCUCCUGGAGGCUGAAUAUAAUAAUCCUGAAGGUUAUUUCAUUGUUAGGUGGCAAUUCAACAAAACGGUCGAUUUAGUGAGAUUUGUACCUCGUAGAGAACCAGCUGUCUCUUCUGAUUUCACUGGAAGGAUUGAGUUUACUGGGAAAAGAUUCUCUGUGAAAUUAAAGAAUCUCCAGCUGGCAGACAGUGGAGUUUAUACUGCAGACGUGAGCCAGUAUGGAGGACUGCGCCCACUACGAGACUGGCAACUAGGAGACCGCCCACUAGGAGACCGCCCACUAGGAGACCGCCCACUAGGAGACCGCCCACUAGGAGACCGCCCACUAGGAGACCGCCCACUAGGAGACCGCCCACUAGGAGACCGCACACUAGCUGAAUACAAGGUCACCGUUCAAGCUCCAGUGUCUCCAGUUAAGCUCUCCGUGGUCUCCGUGGUCUCCAGAAGCUCCGCCUCCUGUGACCUCACUGUGAACUGCAGCACACAGGACUCUCACAUCAGCAGCACUUUUACAUGCGUGGACGGAGCCUGCAGUCAGGAGGGAGGAGGAGGGCGAUCGGAGGUCACGACCUCUGGCGCUUCUCUCCAGGUCUACCUGUUGAAUAGCUCCAUCGUCUGUCACCAUAGCAACCAGGUUCACUGGACCAAGGACUUUAAAGGGACCCAACACGUUUGCUGCCAACAUGCUGGUUCAGAGGCGCCCUCUGCUGGUCCAUCGGUGUACCUGGUGAAGAUAGUCGUGUUCUCUGUGGGUCUGAUCAUCAUGGUGGCUGCCGUCAUCACCGUCCACCUCAUGGAGAAGCUCCACAAGCACAAAUAAACUAAUUGUUUAUUUGAUCUCGUAAUGCUACUGAUGCUAUAUGAACUGAUGCUAUAAUGCUAUAUCACUGCUAGCAUGCUCUAUUACUGCGAUCAUGCUAUACCACUGAUCUCAUGCUAUAAUGCUAUAUAACUGUUAGCAUGCUAUAUUACUGCUAUCAUACUGCACCACUGAUCACAUCCUAUAAUGCUAUAACACUGCUAGCAUGCUAUAUUACUGCUAUCAUGCUAUACCACUGAUCUCAUGCUAUAAUGCUAUAUCACUGUUAGCAUGCUAUAUUACUGCUAUCAUACUGCACCACUGAUCACAUCCUAUAAUGCUAUAACACUGCUAGCAUGCUAUAUUACUGCUAUCAUGCUAUACCACUGAUCUCAUGCUAUAAUGCUAUCACACUACUAGCAUGCUAUAUUACUGCUAUCAAACUAUACCACUGAACUCAUGCUAUAUUACUGAUAUUAUGCUCAACCACUGAUCUCAUGCUGUAAUGCUAUAUCACUGUUUGAAUAGGGAAGCUAGCACCAUAGUAGCACUUUAAUAGCACUUAAAUGUCUCUUACUGAUAGCACUUUGUAGUUUAACGUUAUUGAAGAAAUUGUACUUUCUCGAUUCUUGUUGUUUAAUGCACUUAUUGUAAUUCGCUUUGGAUAAAAGCGUCAGCUAAAUGACAUGUAAUGUAAUGUUAGCAUGUCAUUGCUGCUACACCACUGAACUCAGGCUGUAUUACUGCUAUCAUGCUAUACCGCUAAUCCACAGCUGGUGGCAGAAACACACCGAGAAGACUGCAAGCCAUCAAACAUGAAUGUAAGAUUGUUUCAGAUUGAAAGUAUUAAUAAAAUCAGCUUUGUAAAUGUUU